AUGAUAAGUAUUCAAACAGUGCAUAGUACAAAUAAGAUAAAUUUUUUAAUAAAAGGAAAAUUUAUUAAGAAUAAUGAAAAAGAAUUACUACUCGCAGCAAAGGAUUGCUAUCUAGAGUUGCUGACAAGCAAUUAUGGAGAAAGCAUAUAUGUACAGAACACUUUUUUAAAAAUAAUAUUUUUACAAGUUGUCAAAAGUAAACACUUUGAUCGUUUUAUUGUGGUUGAUGAAAAAUUAAAUGUUCGUAUUUUAGAAUAUGAUAAUGGUUUUAUAGAAUACUAUUUUAUCGAUAAUUUAUUUGUAGAAAAUUUAAAGUUAUAUAAAGAAUAUUUGAAAAGCACCAAGACAGAAAGUGCGUGUUUUAUAAUAGAAGAAGACUACCACAAAUAUAUUAAUAUAUGUAAUAUUAAUGAUAUCUUUUUUAUAUCUAUUGAAAAUAUUUUAUUUAUUAGACAAGUACAUCCAAAUAUAUAUUAUAAUAACUGUUUAAGUGAUGUACAUGAAAAGAAUGAUAGAUCGAAAUUUGAAGUUUUAAAAAAUGAUAAUGAAAAAGAUAAACUUAUUAUCAAACAUCCCUUUUUUAUUAAAAAUAUUAAAAAUGAUUCUUCUGUACAAUAUGAACAGAAUAAUGAAACAGACAAAUUUUUUAAAGUUAAUAAAAUAAAUAGAUUUUCGUUAUGUCAUGAUAAGAAGAAAAAAAUAAAACAAAAGAAAAAUAUGUUCUAUGUAGAACCUAAUAAAUUGAGGGAAGAUAAUUCAUUUGUAGAAUUCUGUAAAAAUAUAACAUUUAUAACAUAUUUAGAUAAGGAUAAGAAAAAAAAAAAAAAAAAAAAAAAAUAUAUUUAUAAGGAUAAUCAUUAUGAUGAUGUGAAAAAUCAUGUUGAUACAUUAGAAUGUGAUAAUAUGAAUAAUGUGUAUAUGAAUUUAAGGAAUGAAAAAAAUAUCAAUUUUUAUAAUGAGUUUGAUGAUAAUUGUUUGAGCGUAAAAAUUUGUUUCCUUGUAAAUUAUAUUAAAAAUAAUAUAAAUUGUGGUGAUCAUUUUAUAAAAGACGUUUUACUCUCUUGCGAAAAGGAAAAGGACGAAAUGAAGAUAUUAACAAACAAAUUGAAAAAAAUGAAGAUAUUUAGAAAAGAAGAAUUAUGUUUAUUAAAGCAAUAUGAUAAAAAGAAAUUUAUACCUAUUGAUAUGGUAAAAGAAUAUUUAAAAAAAUAUAAAACAAAAAAUUUAUAUAGUGAUAAAUACUUUCAUAAUAUAUCAGAUAACAAAGAUAAUGUUAUGGAAAUGUGUGACAUGUUUAAUAUGAUAAGUAAUUACUAUUUUAAAAAAUUUUAUUCUAAUAAGUAUGAUUAUAUAUAUAUAACAUAUUUUAAAAAUAUAUUUCUAUAUAAUAAGAAAGGUUUUUUUGAUUGUUCUCAAGAAAGGAAUUUAUUAUUUUUAUUUCAAAUAUUUAUAAGAAUAAAAUUGUUGUUAUUCUUUUUUAUAUCACUCUUCUAUUCUAGUGCUAGAACAUUAUGUAAUAAUUUUGUAUACAUAAUAAAAACGGAGCACAAAUGUUCGGAGAUAUUAUAUGAACUAUCACUUCAUUUAUACUUUUUUAUUAUUUUUGUUUAUUAUCUAUUGAAUUUCCUUUUUACAAAAAAUAGGGAAUAUACCAAUAGUGAACCCCUAAAUAAUAAGAAAAGUAGCAUUUUAAAGGAACGCUCGAAAAAAAAUGAUUAUAAUAAUUUAGAAGAAUCUAAAUGUACACCUGAUUCGGUUACCUCAAGAACAGAUGUAAUUAAUAAUAUAAAGAUAAAUAAUGUACAGAAUGGUAAUGUUAUAAUAUAUAAUAAUAUUUAUUUUUUGAUAAAUAAAAAUUUAUGUUAUUUAUUCGAAAAUAUGGGUAAUGAAAAUGAUGAACAGGAUGGUUCAUAUGAACCUAAUGAGAUAAAGGAAGAGAGUUGUACGAAAAAAAAAGAAAAAAUAAUAAAUAAUAAUAAUGAAAAUAAUUAUGAUAAUAAUAAUAAUGAAAAUAAUUAUGAUAAUAAUAAUAAUGAAAAUAAUUAUGAUAAUGAUAAUAAUAAUAAUAAUAAUAAUCAAAAUAAUCAACAAAUUAUCAGAAAUAAUAUGACCUAUUAUUAUUUACAACUUCAUAAUAUGAUGUACUAUAUCUUAAAUAUGGUAUCCAUAUCGAUUAAUGUAUUAGCCGACAUUAAUUUCGAUUAUUUUAAAUUUCGUAAAAAAAUAUUGAAGGAUUCAUUUUUAAAAAUGAAGAAAAGAAAAAUAAAAAAGAAGAACGAUAUCAUAAUUAUUAUUUCUAAUAAUAAUAACAGUUCAAAUGUACUAUUUUUAAAAUAUAAAAAUAAAGAUACUACCAAAAAAAAAAAUAAAACAUUAAAAAAAAAUAAAGAGUCUGUUGUAUAUGGGUUACAUAAUUUAUUAGUACCUAUAGGUAAAUUAUCUUUACCAUUAGAAAUAUGUAAGUUUGAGAAACUUAGAAAGAAUUCAUUUCUGUUGUUUACAGAAAAAAUUAUAUAUAUCUUCAACUUUUCAUAUAGCCAUGAUAUAAAGUUAACAUUAUUGAAUUAUCUAAAUAUUUAUAAUAAUGUGUCGUAUAAUAUAAAUACAUUAACUUUUAGAAAAAUCGUUAAGAUGGAUAAUAAAAAUGAACAAAUUAUAUAUAAAGAUGUUGAUUGGUAUAUUCUAUCAAAAAACUGUUCUAUAUGGGAUAAAAAUAAAUUUUCACAAAAAUACUCAUAUGACAUGAAUAUUGAUAAGAACAGAUUUAAAAACAACAUUUAUAUGUGUCAUUAUAAUUACUACAAUAAUUUUGAAUGUAUUAAACAUUUCAAAAAUAUUCCUUAUGUUGACAGUUUUUACACGUAUAUGUUUAUUUAUUAUCACAAAUUUAAACAUUAUCAAACCAUAUGUAGAUACUCCUAUCUAAAUUAUAAAAUAUAUAACACUUCCUUUUUUUAUGACAUGCCAAAUAAUUAUGAACAAUAUAAAGAUAAAAGUAAAGGGGGAAUAUGCAUAAACGAUGAAGAUAAAUGUUACCAAAAUUGUGAUAUUAAAUCAGAUGAUAUAAAGUGUAAAGAAAACAAAAUAUGUAAUAUAUAUUAUAAAGAGGAUAAAGAUAUUAGCAACAAAUAUGUUAAUUUAUUUUUUGAUAAUUCAAAAAAGGAAAAAAAGGAAAAAACGGAAAAAAAGGAAAAAACGGAAAAAAAGAAAAAAAAGAAAAAAAAGGAAAAAAAGAAAAAUGAUUCUUUUGUUGUAUCUCUUAAUAUAAGCAAGGGGUUAUUUGAUGAAAUAUAUCAGAAUAAGAAACAUCCCUUUCUAAAAAAAAUAAAAGACACAAAUGGUAAUAAAUAUAAUAAUGAUGAUGAUUAUAAUAUUAAUGGUGAUGAUGAUAAUAAUAAUGAUGAUAAUAACAACAACAAUAACAAUAACAACAAUAACAAUAACAAUAACAACAACAACAACAACAACAACAACAAAAACAAUAAUAAUAAUAAUUGUUGUAAUUAUAUUUUUUGUGAUUAUCUUAAAUACCAUAUUAAACGUAAGAAGAAAAAAUCAUAUAUCCAUAAAAGAAUUAAUACAUUUAAUUAUAUAAAUAAUGAAAAUGUUAUCCAAAACGAUAAAUGUAAAGAUAUAAUUGAUGAUAAUUUUUCAUUUACUAAUAAUAAAUCGUAUGAUAAUAAAAACAGUUUUUCUGUUAUAUCAUUAAAUUCUAAGAAAAGGGAAAAGAAAAAGAAAGGACAGGGGAUAUUUAAUAUUUUUUCUGUUCUUAAACAAUAUCUAAUUAUAGAUAGAAAUAUAAAUGAUAUAUAUAUAAUUACGUUAAUAUAUGAUUAUCUUAAGAAAAAGCUUGUAAUAAAUAAAGACGGUUUUCAAAAUGUUUAUAGUAUGGAUAUAUGCAAAUGUAUAGAACAAAUAAUAUCAAGAAGUAAUAUAAUAUGUUGUAUAAAUCAAGAGAACAAAAAAGGAAGAAAAAUUAUUAUGCAAGAGAAGGAUUUAACAAUAAAUAGGUUUAAUAAUGAUGAUGAUGAGAAUAACAGCAACAAUAAUAACAACAGCAACAAAAAUAAUAAUAAACAAAUGCAUAUUAUUAAUACAGAAACAAAAAUUUCUUCUAAUAAUUUUAAAAAGAAUUAUUUCCAAAAAGUAGAAGAUAUUCAAGUUUAUUAUCUUUUAACAUUAUAUAAAAAAGAAUGUGAUGAAUUGUACAUACUAAAAUCGACCAUAUUUAUUAAUAAGAAUAUAUAUCAUAACAGAUUCAAAUGUAUCCAUUAUAUUAAACAUUUUUAUCGUUUUAAUAAAUUAAAAAGUAUAAAGGAUUAUAAAUAUGAUUGUAAUAUUAUUUCUCGCCCCACUUAUGGAGAUACUGAAAAAAGUAAUUCUUCUUUGUUUACUUUGACAAAUAUAGAAAAAGAAAAAAAACUAAAUGAUUAUUAUAAUGAUAAAUUAUUUGAUAUAAAAAAAUUGAAGAGAAAUAUGUCAUAUAAAUUAAUGAUUCUAGAUAAAGCUAAUUGUAUAUAUAAUUUAAGUGUAGGAUAUAAUAUCUACUUAAGUGAAAAAAAAAAAAUAAAUAUAUCUAAUAUAGAUAUUUGGAACAGUACAUUUUUUUAUCUUCCUUUUAAUGAAAAUAUUAAUAUUCUUUGUUUUUCUUCUUAUUUAAAGACAACUUAUAUGUUAAUUAUGUAUCAUCAUAUAUCUAAAUCUUGUGAUAUAUGUAUGAAUUCAUUUAGUCGUUUGGAUAAAUCAUAUAAAAAGGUGUGUAUGCAUAAAAAUUAUGUAAAGAAAAAUGAAGAUAAAUAUGGUAUAAGUAGAUAUAUAGAUGAGAAGUACAUGUUGGAUAAAAAUUAUGAUAUAAGGAAUAACAAAUAUAUAAAUCAUUAUUAUAAUGGUAAUAAUAAUACUAACAAUAUGAAGAAGCCCACAUUUUAUAUUUUAAAUAAUGAAGAUAUGGAAAGAUAUCAUUUAAUAAAAAGCCGCAUUUUAUUUACACAAUGUAUAUAUAAUGAAGAUAAUAAUAAUUAUGUAAUUUUAAUAUUAAAUAGAUAUAGUAUGAUUAUAAAUGUGUAUAAUAUAAUAAAAAAUAAUAAUGAUAAUAAUAAUAAUGAUAAUAAUAAUAAUGAUAAUAAUAAUGGCAAUAAUAAUGGCAAUAAUAAUGGAAAUAAUAAUAGCAAUAAUAAUAAUAAUUGUAUUCCCAUAAAAUUAGAUGAUACAUUCGAAAUAACUUUUGAUAACAGCAUAUCAUUUUAUUAUUAUAUAAAACAAUUCCUUUUAUUAUCGAAUAGUAAAAAUAUGUUAUUUUUAUUUUAUAUUGAUAUAAAAUAUAAUCGAUGUUUAUUAUUACACUAUUUUCAAUGUAAUGAUACAAUAUAUUCUGUAUAUAUGUUUACAAAUUGUGAUGAUAAUUUAAGAAAUGAUGAUAACGAUAUUAAUAUAAACCCAUAUAUAUUAAUAUGUAUUGGUAUGAAGAGAUUAUGUAAGAUAUUUAUAUAUUUUUUAAAUAUGACAAACAUAAAUUAUAUAAAUAAUAUGUCUGAUGAUAAAUGUGUAAAUAAUAUUUCGCUUAAUUCAAAUAAUAAUAAUAAUAAUAAUAAUAAUAAUAAUAAUAAUCAUAAUAAUAAUAAUCAUAAUAAUAAUCAUCAUAAUAAUCAUAAUAAUAAUCAUCAUCAUAAUAGUAAUAAUAUUUUUAAUUAUAUUUAUUUUCCAUGUGAAAAAUAUUAUAUUGAAAAAUAUAUUCAAAAUGAUCAAGAUAUAACACAUCCUGUAUCAUGUUUUCCAAUUUAUAAAAAAGGAAAAAUAGAGAAAGAAAAUAAAUCAUUUAUAAUUAAUAAGAUGUAUAAUUAUAAUAUUGAUACAUUGAAUGAUGAUAUAUUUAUUACUGGUGUAUGUAAAUUAAAUAAUUUUCUUCUAGUUGGUUGUAAUAAUGGUAGUGUCAAAGUAUAUGAUUUAUUUCAGGAUAUUAAUAAAAAAGGAAAACAUAAUUUUAAAUCGAAUCAUUUAUUAUUGGAUUCUUUUCUUUUCUACAAAACUCAGAGAACUAUUAUAAAAGUAUAUGACGAAUUUGUUGUAGGAAAUGCGUGUGUUCUUUUUCUUAAUAUAUUUAAACAUAAAAGACUUAAUGUAAACUAUAAAUCUGACAUCCAUCAAAGUAAUAAUAUCUUGUAUGACCAUCAAACAAAAAACUAUAAAGACAAGCAAAAAAGGUUAUAUGUUAAAAAAAAUUAUUAUGUUAUAGUAGCAUGUGAAGAUAAGUUAUAUCUUUUUCUAUCAAGCAAAAUUAAAGAAAACAACAUUUCUUACCAGAACAACAACAAUAAUAAUAAUAACAACAAUAAUAAUAAUAAUAUUAAUGUUAGUAGUAGUAAUAAUAUGACAGGUGAUUCUUUAAACAAAAAUAAAUAUACCUUAUUUAAUAAAAUGAAAAAUAUUAUGGAUGAAUUUUUUAUAAACACUUUUAAUAUAAAAAACAAAGAGAAAAUCGAAGAUUUAAAAGAUAGCAAAAAGAAAAACAAAAAGAAAAACAAAAAGAAAGAAAAAGAAAAAGAAAAAGAUCAAGAAAAAGAAAAAGAAAAAGAUCAAGAAAAAGAAAAAGAUCAAGAAAAAGAUGUAGAUCAAAAAGAAGUUCAAAAGGAAGAAAAAAAAGAAAACACAAAGAAAGAGAAAAAUGUGGAAGAUUACUUAGAUAUAUUGAAUCACGAAGUGUUUAAGGAAAGGCCCAUUAAAAAUAAAAAUAUAUUCCUUAUGCAGUUAAUAUUUACGAAAAGAAAAAAUAAUCAAAAUAAUAAAAUACAUCAUAAUGUACAUAGUUAUAACCCCACGGAACAAUCAUCAACGUGUGAAAAAAUUAAUUAUUCAAAUGUAAAAUGUGAUGAAUAUGAAAGGAUAAAUACUGUUGUAGGAGAAAUAAAUGACAAACAUAAUAAUAAUAAUAAUAAUAAUAAUAAUAAUAAUAAUAACAACAACAACAACAACAACAACAACAAUAAUAAUAAUAAUAAUAAUAAUAAUAAUAAUAAUAACAACAAUAAUUAUAAUAAUAAUAAUAAUAAUUAUAAUAAUUAUAAUCAUAAUAAUAAUAAUAAUAAUUUUAUUAAUUAUGAUUAUAAUGAUGAUUAUUUUUUUGAUACCAAUUUUUCUUAUAUGCCUAAUAAAGUUAUCAAGGCACAUCCAAAUAUUAACCCUAGAAACAUUAUUGUAAUAAAAAAUUAUAAUACAGAAGAUAAUAUAAUUUUUGACAUUAUCAUAUGUAUUAAUAAUAAAUUAUAUUUUGGUAUUAUUAAAGAAAAAAAAGACAUAUUUAGUUAUGAAGAUGUGAAUACUUUUAAAAAUAUGAACGUACAAAAAUUUGUAAAAUGUAACAAUUUGACAUAUCCAUUGAAAUAUUACCUAGAAAAUUCAUUCGUUUAUGAAAAAGAUAAAGAAAAAAAGAAUACAAAGCAAAUGGUUUUUAAUAUAUAUGAUAAAGUUGUGGAUAGUAACAAAUCAUUUGAGAAGAUGGAUAUAUAUUACAAUAAUCAAAUGAAAGACUCAAGACAUAAUACAUUUCUUAGUAACCAUAUGAAGAAAACAAAUUAUAUAGAAGAUAGAAAGAAGUUUAGUAUGAAAAAAAAAGUAGGCUUCUAUUGUAAUAGUAAAAAUAUGUAUCUUAACAUAAAUCAUAAAAUAAUAAAACCAUAUGAAAAUAAUGUCAUUCCACAUAUUUUAGAAAUAAAAUUGAAUAAAAAUUAUAUGAUGCAUGAAUUAUAUAAUAUAUGUGAUACUAAAAAAAAAGAUGAAAUAAUUAAUUGUGUAGAAAAUAUAUUAGAAGAAAAUAAAAUAAAAUUAUAUCAUAUCCAUAAUAAAAUUAGUAAGAAUUCUUGUAAGUUAAAUUAUGAUUCUUUUGGUGAUGAAAAUGAAUAUUUAAUAUAUAUAUAUAAUAUAUUAUUUUUAAAGGAUAAUAAUUUGUUUUAUCAAAAUAAACAUAUUUUAUAUCUUCUACGUAAUCAAUAUAAAAAUUUUAAUAAUUAUAUAUAUCCCCUUAUAUUUUUUAAUAUAUUAAAUAAAAAAUAUAACUUGAAAUAUUUCUUUCAAAAUAAUUUUAUAAGAAAUAAUAUAUAUUUCCUAUAUAAUACAUAUGAUAUAAAUUAUCUUUCUAAUAUUUCAGAAAAUUUUAUUGUAAAUGUCAGAAAAGCAUUGAGCACAAUUUUUUAUUACUUAAAUUAUAAUAAUAAAAUAAAUGAUCAAAAUGUUAUGAUGUUAGAAGAUUUUGUGCAAACUGCUUUAAAUAAUCAUGAGAUAAAAAUAGAGGAAGAUGAAGAAGUAGAACAAGAAGUAGAACACGAAGUAGAGAAAAAAAAAGAAAAUGAAAGAGAACAAACAAAUUAUAAUACAAACGAACAUUCUAUUAUAAAUACAAAAGAAAUAUUACAUAUUUCUAAUUACAAUAACUUCUCCACCUUAGUAGAUAGCUACGAUAAUAUAAAAAAUACAAAAAAAAAGAAAAAAGGUUUAGCAGAUCAUUCUUGUAGUGUCAAUAAAAAAAAAAAGCAGAAAAAAUCAAAAGAAAACUAUUCCAUUAUGGAUGAGAACAAUAUCAGUAUUUAUGAUGAUAAUAUGAUUAGUAAAUCAAACCAUGAUAUAUAUAAUAACAUACAUAAUAUUCAUAAUAUCGUUAAUCAUGUGCACCAUUCUUAUAAUGAUAAGAAUAUAAAUGAAUAUAAAACGGAUCUUCCAUUGUAUAAUUCAACUAUAUCUAAUGAUAAUAAGAAUAGAAAUAUAUAUAUUUGGAAAAACGAAAUGAACAAAAUUGAAGAAAAUGAACAAAAUAAUAAAAACGCUAUCUCUUUCUUUUUACAUUACAUUCCACUUCUACUUAAUAAAAAAAAAGACGUUUCAAGCAAACGUAAUAUGUGCUAUUAUGUUUUGGGUAGUGAACCGUUAAGAUGUGUAUAUAAUAAUGUUAUAAAAGAAAUAAAUGGUUUUAAUGGUGAUAUGAUGUAUAUGGAUAAUUAUAAUACAUAUGAACAAAAAGACGAAUAUAAUAAAUGUAAUGAGUGUAAUGAAUAUAAUAAAUGUAAUGAGCGUAAUGAAUAUAAUAAAUGUAAUGAGUGUAAUGAAUAUAAUAAAUGUAAUGAGUGUAAUGAAUAUAAUAAAUGUAAUGAGUGUAAUAAAGAUCAUAAACAUGCUGAAUAUAAUACAACAUCACAACUUAAUAAUAACCAUAUAUAUCAUCAAAAGAGAGGAACCGAUUCUAACAAUAUUAUUCAUAAAAAUACACAAGGAAGAGAUGAAUCCUUAAAUUUUUUAAUUAUUCAUUUAAAAGGUAGCAAAUAUAAUUUUAGUAAUGUGACCGAAUAUAUAAAAAUUGUAAAUAAAAAUAAAAAACAAAAUAUAAAUAAUGAUACUUCCAUUUUAAAGAAAAAGAUACCGCAACAUGAUUUUUAUAAUAAAUGUUACAAGCAUGAAUAUAUAACAAAUAAUUUUUCAUACAUGUAUAAUAUAAAUUUAGAGAAAAAAAAAAAAAAAUAUAUAAGAAUUAAUAAAAAACAUAUUGAUAAGAAAAAAUAUUAUUAUUAUAAUUAUCAAGUACAAGAUAUUAAGGGACAACGAAAACGUCUUAAGCUUUAUUUUUCAAAACCUGCAUCAUCUUACAUUUUAAAAAAUAAAGAAAAAAAGGAAAAAAGGGAAAAUAACGAAACGUAUGGUUGCUUAUUCAUAUUUUUAAAUAAUAUAAGUUAUCAUGUUAAAUAUUUAACUAUUUGUAAGUUAAAAAAAAAAAUUAAUUGUAAACUAAAUUUUUGUUCGGAUGAUUUUUUUUUUAUACUCAAGUUUUCUUAUAAAUAUGUAUUUCUGUUAAAUAUUCAAAAAAAAAAAAAUGUAUCCUUUUGGAUAAAUAUAAAACAUAUACAUAAAAAUAUGAUGAUCCUCAAAAUGUUAGACACAAGAAAAUACAAAAAUAAAAAUAAAAAUAAAUAUAAAAAUAAAAAUAACAAAGAUAAUAUUUGCUUCCAAUGUAUACCAUUUAAAGGUGUGAAGGAUAAUUAUGUUCAAGCCUUUUCACCGUGUUAUUAUGAAGAAAGGAAAAAAGGCAUUAUGAAAGAAAUAGGUAAGACAGCAUGUAAUGUUGAGGAUAAUCACCAUAUUGUAGUUUUUAAAAAUGUCAAGAGAGAAAAUAUAAUGAAGAUGUUUUAUGAAAAUAAGAAUAAUAUAACUCCAUUAUAUUAUUUAAGUAAAAAUAUGAGAAAUAUUAAAGUGUUUAUGAAUAAGUAUAUUAUAUAUACACAAGAAAAUUAUGUUAUUUUAUUAAAAAUUACAUUGCUUAAAUAUAAGAAAAAGAAAAAGAAAAAUAAAAAAGAAUGUAAUAGGAGAAUGAAAUGUAUAAUGAAUGAAUAUUUAAAAGUAUUUAAAGGUGAAAAUAAUAUAAAUUUUCCGCAAAAAGAAGAAGAAAAUGAUAACAAUAAUAAUAAUAAUAAUAAUAAUAAUAAUAAUAAUAAUAAUGAUGAUGAUAGUAUAAAAAUGUGUAAUAUAUUUAAGACUCUAUUAAAAAAUCAAAAAAUUUUAAAAAAAAAAAAGAAGCAAAAAAAUGGUAUGAGUGAAAAGGAUUAUUUAUUAAGUCUUAUGAAAAGUAAAAAAUCCGCUUUAAGAAGGUUGGAAGGUGUCAACGAAGAAGAAGAAGAAGCAGAAGAUAAUAAUUUGAAUUAUCAUAUUGAAGAAAGUGAGGACAAUGAGGAUAGUGUAAAGAGUGAGGAUAGUGAGAAUAGCAAAUGUGAAGAAGAAAAUACGGAUGAUUAUAUGCUUAAUUUUGAACAAAUAUAUAAUAGUUAUAAUAAUAUUGAAACUACUUCAUUUUUCUCAAAAUUGUUUCAUGGAACCGAAUAUUUUAAUAUUAUGAAGAAAAAAAAAAAAAAAAAAAAAAAGUACUGUUCAAGAUUGUCAAAGUAUGUUUUUGAAAAUCGUUUUAGUUAUAAAGAAAAAGAAUUUUUUUACAAUUUAAAGUAUGAUGUUGUUGAAUAUUAUAAAUAUGCUGAAAACAAUGAAUUUAUUAAUGAUCUACAAGUAUUUGAAAAUAAAAUAUUAAUAACAACAUCAAGAUAUAUUUCUGUAUAUAUUUAUAAUGAAGAACAAAAUGAAUUUUCUUUAUUAUGUUGUAAUUUUUUAUCAAAUAUUAAUAAUAAUAUAUGUAUAAAUGACAAAUAUAAUAAAUCAUUUAUUUAUCGAAAUAUGUUUGAUUUUGUUAAAGUAAUAUCUAAGAAAUAUAUGACAUUAUAUAAUAUGAUUAAUAGUAAAAAUUUAAUAUAUAUAGCUAGCUUAAAAUUUAUAAAUAAUAUAAAAUAUAUUUUUGAGAAUAAAUUAUUUUAUAAUAUUAUGGGAUAUAAUUUAAAUAUAAAUAAAGAUGAGAAUAUAUUAGAAAGUGUGAGAAAAUAUCAUAAAUUUUAUUCAAGUUAUUUUGUAGUAGAUAAAAAAUAUAAUAAUAUAUUUAACAUAUAUUAUACAUGCUUAAAGGAUAAGAAUGAAAAGUCUAAAGAAGCCAAAGAGGAGGAACCUAAUGUAGAAAAUCAAAAGUAUAAUUAUUUUUAUGAUGAAAAUAGACACAUAGAAAUAUGUUACGAUUUGAUGUUAUUUUUUCAAUUAUUAAUAAUAGCAAAAGAGAUAAAUAAAAAAAAUUAUUAUAAUAUAAUGAAUAUAAAAAAAUGGAAAUCAUAUUUAAAAAAAUAUAUAUAUAAAAAUAGUGAUGAAAAAAAUAAUCAAAAUGACAAGCACAAUAAUAAUAAUAAUAAUCAUAUAUACGUAAAAUAUAUUAACAUUUUAAACAUAUUUAUUGAUCGAAUAUUUAUAUCAUUAAAUAAAAAAUUUCUUUUUUUCAAAAGUGUGUAUAAAAAUAAAUCCAUAAACGAAUUUUUGCUGGAAUUAAAAUUUAAAGUAUUUAAUCGAUUAUUAAAAUUAAAUUCUUAUGAAUUCUCAGACGGAAAAAAUGCCAUAGAUAUAUUACAUGAUAUGUAUGAACAAAAAUGUAAUAGAAAUAUGUCUUAUUUUUUCCUUAUGAAUGUAAUACGAGAUCAUUAUGAUAGUUUUAAAUGUCAACCUUAUAAUAUGAAAUAUGAUGAGGAAAAUAUAAAUAAUAAAGAAAACAUUAUACAUAAAGAAAAUAAAAGUAAAAAUAGAAAAAAGGAUUAUCAUAAUAUUCAAAAUAAUUUUAAUGCAAAUAAUAUAGAUAAUAUAUCUCAUAUUUUCAAAUAUGAAAAAUACCUAAAAGAUAAUUUUCAUAACAAAAAUAAUGAAUUAGAACAAGAAAAUCCAACAAAAAGAUUAAAAACAUUUGAAUAUAAUAUGAUACAAAAUAUAAAAUAUAUUAAUAAAUAUCGUAUGGAUAAUAUAUAUAAUUAUAAUGAUAUAAUAAAAAAUAAUGUAAAAGAUAAAGUUCAUUAUAAAAUUGAUUUUUAUCAUUUUAUAGAUAAGAAUUCUUUUAUGAAUAUAAAAAAUCAUAAUAUAAAUAAUUAUAAUAUGAAAUAUAAUAAUAUUAAAUAUCAUAAGAUGAAAUAUAAUAAUAUUAAAUAUAAUCAUAUACAAUAUAAUAACAAAUUAUUAUUAUCCAAUUAUUAUCAAUAUAAUACAAAUAUAAAUUCACUUUAUUUCACAUAUUUACAUUUUCUUAUCUAUAUAACUAAUCAUCCAUAUAUUUUUUUCCAUAUCAAAAAAUAUUUACAUUUUCAUAACUUAUCUACAAAUUUCAUCAAAAAUAAAAUAUAUUAUUUUAACAUGGACCUCUUAAAUAUUAUUUUUAAUUUAGAUAGCACAGCUUUGGAAGAAUUAAAAAAUAUUUUAACAUUCUUUCCUUCGAACCCAUCUAUUGACGAGAUAUAUAAAGCAGUUUAUUUGUUGUCUAUGCCUUUUUGUCAUACAUAA